CCACCAUCAACACCUAUAUAUCCGAGACGACGACAUACAUGGCGACAGCCAUAAGCGCAGAUGACGGCUGGCUCGUCGCUGCCAUUCGUACACGCCUUAUACACUCUCGAAAGAUAACCGGUGGUGCUGUCGGAACCCUAGGCUUCGGCAAGGCACCCCAGGACCCUGAGAAAUUCAAAGAGUUAGUGAAUGGUAUACUGUUCUCUCGGAGAUUUGUACCAAGCUAUAAUGGAGUGCUAUUGAUGAUACUAGCUGGAUUCACAAUUUGGAACGGAGUAGAUGUAUGGCAGAGGAGAAGCAGGAGGUGGCGAAAGGGGGACAAUAAAGAGAAAGACUCGAGACCGCAGACCGUGGACACAGAAUUGCUGACGGAAAGAGACGAUGGAAUGACCUCAGGGAGUAGUACAGUCGUAGGAAUAGAGACUUCGCCAUAUGAAAUGGACAGCCACGACAACGAAAGGAAACCUCUAUUAGGAAUAUCAGCAACAAAGAAGCCAAGAAUCAAGAACAAGAUCAAAGCCUGGGCGAUGUAUCAACCUGCCAACAUCCCCUACUUUGACAAGGUUCUCCCCUCAAACCUUACGUCUCUUGCUAUAAUUCUUUUCCUAGCCAUCAACAUCUUCUACGCCGUGUAUCGCAUCCCCUUCCGCCUCGACCUCUUUUUUGUCUUCGCCGACCGCCUGGGUCUUAUCUUCGUUGCCAACCUCCCUUUCCUCUACCUGUUUGGCGCCAAAAACCAGCCGAUUCGCUGGCUCACUGGGAUCUCUUAUGAAUCUCUCAACAUCUGGCACCGUCGUCUCGGCGAACUCAUGUGUCUGACCGCGCUUCUGCAUUUCCUCGGCAUGAUCAUCGUCUGGUAUAUCGACCUACGACCCGAAGGAUUCACUUUAUUGCGCUUCAUAAGCACAAAUCUCGUCAUCCUCGGCCUCGGCGCGUUUAUAUCAUACGAAACGCUGUACGUUACAUCCCUAAGCUCGUUCCGACAACGCUGGUACGAGCUUUUCCUCGCCUCGCACAUCGUCUUCCAAGCCCUCGCACUUCUAUUCGCAUACUUCCAUUUCCCCACGGCGCAGAUCUACGUCCUCGCUUCUGUGCUCAUAUUCCUCACGGAUCGCAUCCUGUUUCGUCUUACGCUCAAACGCACAACCAUCACUGCAUCCCUCACCAUCCUCCCCGACGUACACACCCUCCUCAUCUCCGCAAACUGGCAUCUACCCCCAACCACGCCCUUCCUCCACGCAAACAUCUCUCAUGGCUGGGCUCCUACCGAUCAUGUCUUCGUGACCAUCCCCGCGCUCUCACGCUCCGCCGCCCUACAAGCACACCCAUUCACAAUCUUCUCAGCCGCGCCCACAAGCACCUCUACCACCGCAUCGUCGCACGCAUGGCUGACGCUCCUCGUCCGCGCUCGAGCCGGCUUUAGCGCGUCCCUUCUUGCCUACGCACGCACCCAUUCCAGCGUCCGCAUGCGCGUCGACGGGCCGUACGGGAGUCCGCACGCGCUAGACGUACUCGAGAGCGCGGAUUCCGCGAUCUUGGUGGUAGGCGGCUCGGGCAUUGCAGUUGCGUACCCGCUCUUGUAUGCGCUGCUACAUCCACGGCAUUGCGAUGCCGAGAAUGUGCUCGCUUUGUCGGGCAGCAAUGGAGAGAAUAGGCGACGGCGUGUGAGGUUGCUCUGGGUUGUCCAUUCCGAGAAGCAUGCGGAGUGGCUGCCGAAGGAGAAGAUGGAGGAGCUUGUGGCGUGGGGAUUGGAGGUUGCUGUUCCGGCGGCUACGGAACGGGCGGGACGGCCUGAUGUAGUGGGGAUAGUGGGCCACUGGGUAGCACAGGAGGACGGAAGGACGGGAGUUGUUGUGAGCGGCCCGGACGGGAUGAAUCGCGAUGUACGCAAUGCGUGUGCGGGGAUGGUGGGGAUGGGGAGGGAUGUGAGGGUUUGCGUCGAGAAGUUUGGAUGGUAGAUGGAAAGAGCUGGGGAGUUGGGGGCAUUUUGUCGUGUUGGGACUACGGUGUUUGGUGCGACGAUACACAGUUUUUUGGCUUAGUUCUAGACACGCAGCAAAUAGGUGGCGCAUAGUGGUUAUGUCUUUUGUUUACGCUUGAAUAUAUACACAUAUAAGUCCUGGUCAUGUCAGACAUAUAGAGAUGUUGUUU